AUGCUUGCUCUGGCGGCUGCUGCUGUGACGUCAGACAGGCCCUGCUUCCCCGGAUGUCAGAGAGCCGACUGGUCCGCCUGUAUUGGUGACAUUACCGAGAGCAAUAUCAUACCUCCAGGUUUAACCGAUCAGGCGUUCUGCAUGACGUGUAAUACAACCCCCACCCUGAGUCUGGAUAUGGCUUGCUUGAAUGACACUCCACGGGGAUUCGCUGUGAGAGGCCGUCCACUCCACGUUCUGUCAGAUCUGAAGCCCCCACACUUCUGUGCGGCCAGGGUGGCGGUCCUGGGUCUGAUAGAUGGUAACAUCACCGACGUUGACAUGCCUGAGUCCUUUCUGGUGAGUGGGUACACACAUCUGCUCAAGUUGGCUCUGAACUCUAACAACCUCACGCAUGUCAGGCGGAGUUGGUUCAAAGGUUUGGAGACACUGUCCCAUCUGAGCUUGUCCAAUAACCAGAUCGAUAGGAUCGAGCCAGGCUGCUUUGCGGACCUGCCCCGCCUUGUCCUGUUGAAUCUAGACAACAACCUCCUGCAUGAUGUAGAAGCCGACUGGUUCCCGAGGUCUCACAAGCUGGCUUAUCUUUACCUCAGCUCUAACCGCAUUGACAGGGUCCCUGCAGACGCUCUGCAAAACCUACAGGAUCUCAGCGGACUCAGCCUUGGGAGAAACCAUCUUUCUUGUCUCCACAAUGAAGUUGUCUGUGGCCUGGACAACCUGAGACAGCUCUAUAUGAGCGGUAACAGGAUGGUGACGAUGUAUGGUGGAACAUCAAGCGGAGUCAUGUGGAGUCUAGUCCGCAAGAACGACUUCCGCCGUGGUGAUAUUGUGAAGCAGAAAAUAUCGUUCGAGGUACCCCAUCUCCUCCUCUGCCUAGUGCAUGACCCUGACAAAAACGAGCAGUCCCUGAAGUGGAUGUUUGAUGUGUCCCCGACCGUCCCUCGUCAUACGACCGCCGGUUUUCCCGACUCCUGCAGUGUGCGGGGUGAUUCUGUCACUUACACGGGGAUCAUCAGACAGCCGCCGUUCGUUGUUGUUGCCGGAGUUUCAGACAAGAAUGUUCAGAACCGUCCUGAGCAGUGCCGAGAGAUGAAGGUGCGAGGUGAGAAUUUAUCCCGCUUGUCACUACCUGCAGUUCUCCAUACGAUCGACCCUACCUACAGCGAGAUCCCGGAUGACAUAGCUGCUGCUCAUCGGCCUCUGCCUGCCCUCCCGCACACGUACAGCGAGAUUCCAGACGCCGCUACCUUCGGUCUUGUUCGCUCGGCCUCCUUCCCUCCCACAUCAACCACUCACGGAGAGGUUACAAGUGGUGAGAUGGUCCAUAUGUCACUGCCUUCUGGUCUCCAUUCAAUAGAGCCUACAUACAGCGAGAUUCCAGAUGCUGUAGCUGCUGCCUGGCGUCCUCUGCCUGCCAUUCCACGUGCGAACUGGGAGAGCGAAGGUGAUGUGGCUGCUUCCCAGUCUCUGCCUUCCCGUCCUCAUACGUAUAGCGAGAUCCCAGAUGACAGGGAUAGCGGGCCCGUGUCUGCCUUAGCCCAUGCCGGCCAGGCUUGUUCAGAGGUUCACGCAGUCAGAAACAGGGGAAGGAAUCGACUGUCCUACCAGAACAACGUUUUAUCGACGCCUAGGAGAUACAUCCCCACGUAUGGAGCGGCCAGGCAGAUCAAGGCCCGUGGGGUAGCCUUAUACAAUUGUGCCGAAGUUCAGGGCGUGCGAGGUGGUAGAGAACCGAAUGCAAGAGGGCUGAGGCACCAUGGCACACCACGCCGUGUGUCCCUCCCAACCGUAACACUACCUAACACCUACUGGCCAUGGGAGAUUCCAGGGGAGGGAAUACCUAACACACCACGGCGUGCAUCUCUACCCACCGUCACACCACCUAACACGUACUGGCCAUGGGAGAUCCCAGAGGAGGGAACCCGUAACACAUCACGGCGUGCGUCCCUCCCAGCCGUCAUACCGCCUAACACCUACUGGCCAUGGGAGAUCCCUGGAGAGGGAACCAAUAACACAGCAGAGCGCGCGCUCCCUCCCACACUACCUAACAACUACUGGCCUUGGGAGAUCCCAGGGGAGGGAACACGUAGCACAGCACAGCGUGGGUCCCUCCCAGCCAUCAUACCGCCUAACACCUACUGGCCAUGGGAGAUCCCUGGAGAGGGAACCCGUAACACAGCACGGCGUGUUUCCUUCUCCACCGUCACACUACCUAACACCUACUGGCCAUGGGAGAUCCCAGGGGAGGGAACCCGAAACUCAGCAGAGCGCGCACUCCCCCACACACUACCUAACACCUACUGGCCAUGGGAGAUCCCAGGGGAGGGAACCCGUAACACAGCACGGCCUGCGUCCCUCCCCACCGUCACACUACCUAACACCUACUGGCCAUGGGAGAUCCCAGGGGAGGGAACCCGAAACUCAGCAGAGCGCGCACUCCCCCACACACUACCUAACACCUACUGGCCAUGGGAGAUUGAAGGGGAGGAGACCCGUAACACAGCACAGCCUGCAUCACUCUCCACUCUACCUAACACCUACUGGCCAUGGGAAAUCUCAGGGGAGGGAACACAUAACACAGCACGGCGUGCGUCCCUCCCCAACUAA